AUGGAGCUCUCAAAAGUCAGACUCGUCUGCGAUUUGAGAGGGUAUUUUCCCAAUAAAUUGACUGUGAAGUGGUACAAGAAUGGCCAAGAGAUACAAAACAUCUCCCCAAACGAAACAACAUUCCAGAGUUUAGAUGGGGAGGCGAUAACCUACAGUCGAACCACUGAGAUUAAAGUAGAUAUGGAGGACUGGAAGACAGGGUCAAGCUUUACCUGCGAGUCGAUUAAACAAGGCACUAAAAUUGCAAAAACAACAGACAUUUGUCAGACUUCAAGCACACCUCCUGUCAUUGAAAUUGUGAAUCCAGUUUUUGCUGUUGUAAUGACACAAUCUUCUGUGAGUGCUACUUGUCUGGUUCACACUUCUCUGAAUGCCAAGAUCACCUGGCUUUUGGAUGGAAAUGCUCCUUCGAGGCUGACAGAGAAGGUUAAACAGGUUAAAAGCAGCUCUCUUAUUACCAGCAAUGUGGAAGUUCCCAGUGAUAAAUGGAGGAAGCUGAAGUCAAUCACAUGCAAAGCACAACAUACAUGUUUUUCUUCUUCUGAAAAGACAGUAACUGUAACAGGUUCUCCAGUUACAUCUCCACAGGUGGAGAUAAGAAGAUCUUUCCCAGACCUGCUAAAUGGAACUAGCAAUGUCUUCCAGUGUUACAUCUCACAGCUCUCAUCACACGACCUCUUUGUCACAUUCCAGACCAAUGGAAAGAAUAUUCCAGAGCAAUAUUAUGUCAAUCUUCCUGAAGGCCCUGUCAAUUAUUCAGUCAGUAGAAAAUUCACUGUUCCCAUGGAGAAUUUAAAAAACAACCCUGAUAUGACCUGCACAGUGAACCAAGGAUUCUCCAACAGCUCCUUCAAGUCUAAUACCAUAAGAAAUAUAUUUGUGCCACCCUCUGUUGAACUCUAUCUGGACUCCAGUAAAACAUCGGAUGAACAAACACUCCUGUGUUCUGGAUGGGGAUUUAACCCACAAAUUAAAUGGCUAAUUGGCUCAGACCAGAUAGUUACAGCGAAUAAUGACAUCAGCAUUGAUAGAAUGGAACGCGCUGCAGUAACAAGUCGACUGCAAGUUCCUUUGUCAGAGUGGAAAUCAGGAAUGGUCUUCACAUGUGAAGUCUCUGAUCCAUCUCUGAAAAAGGUUGUCAAAAAGGAAAUCAGUGUCUGCUCAGUUUCUUCAAGCACACCUCCUGUCAUUGAAAUUGUGAAUCCAGUUUUUGCUGUUGUAAUGACACAAUCUUCUGUGAAAGCUACUUGUCUGGUUCACACUUCUCUGAAUGCCGAGGUCACCUGGCUUUUGGAUGGAAAUGCUCCUUCGAGGCUGACAGAGAAGGUUAAACAGGUUAAAAGCAGCUCUCUUAUUACCAGCAAUGUGGAAGUUCCCAGUGAUAAAUGGAGGAAGCUGAAGUCAAUCACAUGCAAAGCACAACAUACAUGUUUUUCUUCUUCUGAAAAGACAGUAACUGUAACAGGUUCUCCAGUUAGAUCUCCACAGGUGGAGAUAAGAAGAUCUUUCCCAGACCUGCUAAAUGGAACUAGCAAUGUCUUCCAGUGUUACAUCUCACAGCUCUCAUCACAUGACCUCUUUGUCACAUUCCAGACCAAUGGAAAGAAUAUUCCAGAGCAAUAUUAUGUCAAUCUUCCUGAAGGCCCUGUCAAUUAUUCAGUCAGUAGAAAAUUCACUGUUCCCAUGGAGAAUUUAAAAAACAACCCUGAUAUGACCUGCACAGUGAACCAAGGAUUCUCCAACAGUUCUUUCAUGUCUAACACCAUGAGAAAUAUAUUUGUGCCACCCUCUGCUGAACUCUAUCUGGACUCCAGUAAAACAUUGGAUAAACAAACACUCCUGUGUUCUGGAUCGGGCUUCAACCCACAAAUUAAAUGGCUGAAUGGCUCAGACCAGAUAGUUACAGCGAAUAAUGACAUCAGCAUUGAUAGAAUGGAACGCGCUUCAGUAACAAGUCGACUGCAAGUUCCUUUGUCAGAGUGGAAAUCAGGAAUGGUCUUCACAUGUGAAGUCUCUGAUCCAUCUCUAAAAAUGGUUGUCAAAAAGGAAAUCAGUGUCUGCUCAGUUAUGGCAAAAUCCUCUCAUAUGGCUUCAGUCUUCAUUCAAAGACCUGCACUUGAGGAGCAUAAAAACCGGGGACAGGUGACGGUUGCUUGUCUUUUUGUUGGAACUAGUCUAAGCGACUUCUCUGUAACCUGGGUAGUGCAUGGUCACCAAUCUUCACCAAGUCACAUCUAUACAGAAAGACCAAAAAAUCACAACAAUGGGUCUGAAACUUUGCACAGCUUCCUCAACGUUUCAGCUGAGGACUGGUACUCAAAUAAGAGAGUAUCCUGCGUGGGAAAACAUCUUUGCUCCAACAAAAGUUAUGAAGAUCAUAUCAGCAAAAGUAUAGAUCUGUAUCAGCCAGUUCUGAGGAUAUUGAAACCAACUUUUACUGAGCUAUAUAUGUCGAAGAGCAUUAUGAUUACAUGCUUAGUUUCAGGGUUUUUUCCAUCUGACAUAAUUGUUCAGUGGAAAGAGAAUGGCCAAACACUUCCAGUUUCUCGCUAUAUUAACAGUCCAUCAUGGAAAGAACCGGGAACCAGCUAUUUUUCAAUGAGAAGCAGACUAAAUGUAACUAAGGCUGAGGACAAUAACUCAACAUACUCAUGUGUUGUCAGACAUGAAUCGUCUGAGGCCCCAGUUGAAACCAGCAUAAGUGACGUCUUUGCCUCUGUGACCUACACCAAACCUUCAGCUGUAUUGCUCCAGGGAGAGGAUGAACUAGUGUGCCUGGUCUCAGGCUUCAGUCCUCCAGCCAUUAAUAUCACAUGGUUCCGGAGUAAAACCACAGAACUGUUCGACUAUACUUUAACAGAACCUUCUGAAGGUCAGGAUGGAAAAUUCAUCAUUCAAAGUCACCUUCGUCUGGCUCCAAUUGACUCCCUACCUGGUGUGGUUAUUACCUGCCGUGUCACGCAUGAAGGCACCACACUGUUAUUGAAUAUGUCCAACCCAGACUCACUGGAACACUGUAAUUUUUUUGAUGCUAUCAAGGACGUGGAUGUGGGUGAGGAUGCGUUAAAGGAAACCUGGUCUAUGGCAUUAACUUUCCUCUGCUUUUUUCUCUUCGCCAUCAUAUUUUCUGUUGUUGUCCUAAUUAUCAAGACCAAAUAACGACAAGCAAAGAGCAACUUUCAUCUCACUGGAUGGCACCAUUUUAGGAUUUCUGAGUUUGUGUAUUUUGAUACCGUAGUUUUUUUGUUUUUGGCAAAAUGCAUGUGUGUUUAUUUGUACUAUUUUUCUCUAGUUUAUAGGAAAUCUUUUUUUAAGCGU